GGGAGUAAUACAGCGGGGUUGGGCUUGUUUCUCUCUACCAUCUAUGGCACAAAGACGCAACAGAAUCACUGAACAGUCCCAGUAGAGCUUUAGAGAGCAAGACUAAUCCACUAAAUUUCCAGUGCUUACACUGUAGAGUAAAAACCAUCCAAAUAGCUGAUUCAAGGGAAAAUUUGAGAGAUGACACAGAGCAGGAAAAUGUGAAAGUGUGAGAGUUCAGAAAGAGCUGGAAACUUUCAGAGGAUUAACGAAGGGGCAGAAGGAAGGGUGUUGUACAUAAAAGACAACCCAACCAGCUCUCUCUGCUCAGUGAUCGACAAGGACUACUGAGGGACCAUAAUGGAUGUGCCAGUACCGUUUUUGCUGCUGCUCAUCUGCUGUCUUAUUGCUGCUGUUUGGUCUUGUCCAAAUGGAUGCCAAUGUGCAGGAAAAAAGGUCCAUUGCAACAACCUCUCUGACUUUCCUACAACAGUGCCAUCAUCUACCACCCACAUCUACUUAUUGAACUGUAGUUUUAACUCCCUAAAACAUGAGGAUCUCACUGACUUCUCAGAUACUCUUGAAGAGUUUGUGGUUUCAAAUACAGUUUUGAGGGAAGUUCAUCCUGGCACAUUCAAUUCCACGUUGAACAUAACUAUGGUGGGAAUAAGUAAAACUGAGCUACAAGAUCUCCCUGAGAUGUUGUUUCAAAGACUCCAGAAACUGGACUCUUUGAUUCUAAGAAUGAACAAGCUUUUUGCAAUCCGGCCAAGUUGGUUUUCCCAGUCAAAAGAGCUAAAAUAUCUUGACUUGAGCAAAAACCGAAUCAAUUAUGUACCAUUGGAAACCUUUCAUGCCCUAACAAAGCUGCAGUACCUAUCAAUUGCUUGGAAUACACUUAGUCAACUAUUCAGUAAGACAUUCAUGGGUCUUUCUGGACUAAAAAUCUUGCGUCUUAACAAAAAUCUUCUAAAGGAGCUUCCUGCUGGCAGUCUGGAUGACCUUGUAAACCUGGAGGAACUGAGUCUCCAGGACAAUGUGAUCACUGAUCUCCACCAUGACCUGUUUUCAAAGACUCCGAAGCUACAGAAACUGUUUAUCUCCAACAACAGACUGACAUCACUUCCCCAUGGGAUCCUUUUAAAUUUGCCCCUCCUCUCCCAGAUGUCCCUGUAUGAAAACAACCUAGAAAGUCUGGGUCCAGGGGUUUUUGGAUCAAUGGCCUUGCAGCAGCUGUGGUUAUAUGACAACAAACUUAGCCGUGUGGAUGAUGACACAUUCAGGAACCUGACUCAGUUACGUCUUCUGGUGCUCAGUCGCAACCAGAUCAGUUAUGUAUCUGAUGACGCCUUUAGAGGUUUGACAAGACUCGGGGAGAUAUCACUGCACACCAAUCGACUCACAACCCUACAAGCCAGGACUUUCGAAGAACUGCCCAGUCUAGUCAACAUAUCUUUGGAGAACAACUUCAUCGCCUCCCUUCCACUGGGUUUUCUCAAGGGCCUGAACAACCUGGGAGAGAUAGACCUGCGGAACAACUCGCUUCCAAACCUACAACAAGAUAGUCUAGAUGUAUUCACUAUUGCAAAAGAUGUUCUUUUACAGCAGAACCCCUGGAGCUGCGACAAGGAUAUUGUGCCUCUGAGAAAUUGGCUCAAACAGCACCCAUCCAAGGUCAACCAAACCCUUGUGGUUUGUGAGACUCCUUUCAGGCUGAAGGAUGAGAUGAUAGCCAUGCUAACAGAUGAGAAUUUAAUGCUUGUCAGCCCUACGAAAGAGCCUGUGUUGACAUCAACCGAGAAGAGAAGGAGACCCCAUACACAUCCACCCAAACAAAGCACUCCAUCAUCGGCAAUAAAGACCACACUAACCUCUCAGCAAGAAAAUGUGACCAACAGCGGACAAGGGGGAUUCAAAGAGACCAUUAAUAAUUCAGAUAUUCUUAUUGCACUUGCAGUAGUGUCCACUGUCAUCAUCAGUUUAGUCAUCAUUGGCUGUGUUUGCUGGAAGAGAAACAGGAGAGGCAAUGAAAAUAUAAGCCAAAGGAAUCGUAAUUCAGUGCUGUAGACUAGAUCACAAAAACAUGAGCAAUCAGACACUUUUACAGCAAAGGGAAACUGUUGAAUGUUGACUGUGGUUUCACACAAAAAAUGCGGAGCUGAUUGUAGAUCCUCUGAGGGAGCACUAUGAGUUAGUAUUUGUCUUCUGUUAUGUAAUUUAUGAAUGAAAAUGAACAUUAUAAAGAUUCACUACAAAAAAAAGAACCUUAUCAUGUUGUGAUCAACCUGCACAUUUGUGUAAAAAAUGUGAACCCAGUUUUUUUUUCUGUAUUCAGCAAUAACCAUGGCAGUUUGAUAUGGACUUCUGUGCAAACAGCAAUGCAUUUAGCAAACUCUUGUGGUAUAAGGGUUAUGCAGUAUGUAUUUCAUUCCACUAUAAAACAGUUGUAUGCACUAUCUCUCUGUAUCCUGAAUAAAUUAACAACUUUUCGUCAAAACUUUA